CUUAUCUGUGUGUGUGGUGGGCUUGAUGAUCCACGAAGAGCUCUCCAUCGCGCCCACCGAUCAGCGUCCCAUGAGCGGCAUUCUCUACUCUCGGUGAGAAAUUCCCAUCCGAGACAGCGCGCGCGAGGCGAUGGCGGUGGCAGCGCCUCUGUUUGGCAAGGUCUGCCCGGUUCUUGGCGAGAAGGCCGCGGCAAUCGGGAAAUCGUCUAGGUUAGGUCCAGUCCAGCAGCAGAGAUUCACGGCGUUCUCGUCAUCGUCGUCGGCGGCGGAGGUCUUUGAUCCGUCUGGAUUGCCGCCAGAGUCUUCUCUGGCUUCCCCGUCUUCGAUCCGAUGGGCACAGCUUGCGUUGCAAGGUCCCCGGGCGGAGAUGGAGGACGACAUGGAGCUGGAGGAGGGGAGAAUUCCAGAAUUUACGUUUGCUGCGGUCUAUGAUGGUCAUGCCGGUAUAUCAUCAGUGAACUAUCUCAAGAAAGAGCUAUUCAGCGAAUGCGUGAAUGCAUUGCAAGGAGGAGCUCUUCUACAAUCUGAUAACUCGAUCGAUUUGGAAGCGGCACUCUCGCAAGCUUUCGUCCAAGUUGACAAACGCUUGCUCUCGUGCAGGCUGGAGCAACAAGAGGAGGCUGAUCGAGAAUCUGGCUCCACUGCAACUGUCAUGUUUCUGGGUAAAGAGAAGGUGGUGGUAGCUCACGUCGGCGACUCACGAGUGGUAAUUUCUCGAGGAGGAAAAGCCGAGGAGUUGACGAGUGAUCACAGGCCAUAUGGGAGCAGCAAGACAGCUCUAGCCGAGGGCAAGCGAGUCAUUGCUGCUGGAGGCUGGAUAAGCAAUGGCCGAGUAUGUGGUAAUUUGGCUGUGUCUCGUGCAUUUGGAGAUAUAUCCUUGAAGUCCCGUAGAAAAGAAAUGCUAGAGGAGGGGCUCAAGAAAAACUUGUGGACGCAGAAGUUUGUGUCGAAGCGGGAUCUCACAGGAGAAUGGCUGACUGCGGCACCGGAUGUUACUGCUGCCACUCUUGGUCAGGACGCCGAGUUCAUCAUUCUUGCUUCAGACGGCUUGUGGGAUUCCAUCAAAAGUAAGGACGCUGUAGCAUUUGUGAGAGAGCAACUGAAAGAGCACGGAGAUAUCCAGCGCGCUUGUGAGAACCUUGCGGCCGCUGCUCUGGCCCAAAAUGGCCAAGACAACAUCAGUAUUCUCAUUGCCGAUUUCGGAAAGGUAGCACGCGUGGAUGGACUUGCGCAGCACCAAGACGUCUCAGCUGGGGUAAAGCAGGUGCUAGUAACGUCUGGCAUUCUACUGCUAGGAGUUUAUGCUUCUCAUCUAGCAAGCUUGAUCAGAUAAGUUCCACUCUUUACAUUCAUAGUUGAUCAGCUUUCAUCUAAAAUUUGCAAAACUUUGGCGAUCGAACAAGAAUCCGCUCAACAAUCUUCCCAAGUUUUUGUAACCAUAUGUUAAGAACCGAUAAUGCUGCUCCUCGUUUACAAAAUAACCAUUGCUCGACUUCUCGUAA